AUGGCCGCCGGCGAUAGAAACCGUACUCCGGCAGCAGUAGUGAUGGUUCCACUUCCACUGCAAGGUCAUCUCAACCAGCUACUCCACCUUUCCCGUCUCGUCUCCGACCAAAACAUCCCCGUCCACUUCGUCAGCACCACCAUCCAUUGCCGCCAGGCGAAGCUCCGGGUCCAAGGAUGGGAUCCACUCUCCGUCACCAGCAUCCACUUCCAUGAGUUCCAAACCCCUCCUUUUGUAUCUCCUCCGCCAAACCCUAACUCCACCACCAAAUUCCCUUCCCACCUCCAGCCUUUAUGUGAAGCCGUCGUCCAUCUCCGCCACCCCGUCGCGGCCCUCCUCCGCAAACUCUCCUACACCACUCACCGCCUUGUCGUGAUCCAUGACUCUCUCAUGGGUUCCGUCAUUCAAGACUUUGUCUCCCUUCCCAACUCAGAAUCCUACACCUUUCACAGCGUGUCGGCGUUCACGAUGUCCAUGUACACUUUGGGAACCAUUCGGAAGCAACUCGACAAGCUAACCGAACCACAAACAAUAAGCAAAGAUCACUUGUCGUUUGAGGGUUGUUUCACCUCAGAGUUCAAGAAGUUCACCUCUAUGCAACACGAGUAUGCAAAACUCAACUCCGGUCGCAUCUACAACUCGUCCAAAAUUAUCGAGCAACCCAUGUUGGAACUCCUCGAAAACGAGGAGAAAAAAAGAAACAAAAAACUAUGGGCUCUUGGCCCUUUUAAUCCGAUAGACAUUAAAAAGACAACAAAAAGAGGCAAAGAUACAAACUACAGAUGUCUUAAAUGGCUUGAUAAGCAAGAAUCCAAUACCGUAAUAUUGGUGUCCUUUGGAACAACCACAUCCUUGACAAAAGAACAGAUCAUAGAGCUAGCAAUUGGUUUGGAAAUGAGCGAACAAAAGUUUAUAUGGGUGAUGAGAGAUGCCGACAAAGGUAAUGUGUUCAGAGACCAUAUUACUCGACUCGAAUUGCCAAAAGGGUAUGAAGAUCGAAUCAAAGGGAGAGGAUUGGUGGUUCGAGAGUGGGCUCCUCAGCUCGAAAUCUUGGCGCACCCGGCUACAGGUGGGUUCAUGAGUCACUGUGGAUGGAACUCAUGUAUGGAGAGCAUCUCAAUGGGUGUGCCGAUUGUGGCUUGGCCAAUGCAUUCCGACCAGCCGACCAACGCGGUGCUUGUUACCAAGAUUCUGAAAGUUGGACUGGCUGUUAAAGAUUGGGCGUGGCGAGAUGAGGUGGUGGUGGCAGCGGAUGUGGAAAAAGCAGUUAAGAGACUGAUGGGUACGAAGGAAGGGGAGGAGAUAAGGAAGAGGGCGGUGGAGAUGGGCGGCGGUUUGAAAACGUCCGUCAGAGAAGGUGGUGUUUCUUCGUUGCAGUUACAGUCGUUUAUUUCUCACAUCACUAGAUAAUUAUAUAUUACUGAAUAUACAUACAUAUAAUAUGUGUGUGUGUGUGUCUGUAUAUUACUGAAGUUUAAUAGCAUGACUGUUCUUCUUCUUAAUUUCCAUUUGGAUUUGGGGGAGGAUGUGAGACGGUAGGAUUAUAGACUCCGGCGCCGCCGUGUCCCGGUAGUAACAACUGUUGCAUUGAAGUAUCCAUUUUCAUGUUCAAUGUAGUGCACACUCUUUUCAUGA